AAUUACCACUCCCUACCCCUAGCCGUCACACCCAACAGCCAGCCACCCUUCUCCCCCACGCCAUCCUCCUCCCUCUCUCCCACACGGCAGCAGGCAGGGCGCCAUCUCCUAGCAGCUCCUCCCAUGGCGUCCUCUGCCCUUCUUCUCCUCCAUGGCCGCCGAAGCCCCUCCCAUGGCCGACGCUCUCUGCUCCAGCCCCUCCAGCAGCUAUGGCGUCCCCCCUCCUCCCCUUCUUCUUCCUCAAGCCAGCAGGCACCUCCCUCUACUCCCUGCGCGCAGCAGCAGCCAUGGCGCUGCCUCUCUUCUCCAUGGCGAGUAGCAGCUCAUUCACCUCUCUCUCCCAUGGCGUGCUGCUCCAGUCGGCCUCCCUUCUCCCCCUCGGCUCCUUCCUCCAGGCCGGGCUCCUAUGCCAGGAACGGCUGCUCCACUUGACCGCUGCUCCAUUUUUUUUCCCCUCGCUCUGCUCUCUCGGCUGCUGGCAGCCAGGGCGCGACGCCUCUGCUCCUUCUCUCUACCCCACAAAACAGCCAGCGCGCAGGAGCUUCUUCUCCAUGGACGCCCAGAAUCCCAGCAGCGAGCCCCCUUCCUCGCUGUUCGUCGUGGUGCCCGCCGGCUGUUCGGCAAAAUGCGCAGCAAGCCACGCACUGCAGCAGCUUCGUCCCUUGCCUUGCGUUGUGUCGAGCUUCGCUACUGCACAUCUCCCAUAAAAAAACAGCAGCCCCUCCGCGUCACGCGCUCGACUCGCUGCGCUCGCCCGCGUGGUGUCGCAGUAGGACAGCAGUCGUGUCGCAUUCGCCAUCGACCUCGCCUUCGUGUACACCCCCUCGCAGCAGCGCCAACAUAGCAGCCGCGACACUCCCCUCCACCCCGCACUCGCCACGCUCAACAAAAAUGCCCCCUCGCGUAGCUACACACUUGUUGUUGCUGCACGUUGUUCGUCGACGCGCAGCCCCUUCGCGCCGUGCCCGUGAUGUCGUCGUUCUUGCUGUUUUGUCGCGCCAAUCGACAGCCGCAGCAGCCCCUCCGUGGCGUGUGCUCCACCUUGACACGCCCUCGGUGCCCGUCGUGCUCCUUCGACUUCGCUUCGGUCUCCCAUGAUCGACGACGCGUUCGUCUUCACGCCACAUGUGCAGCAACCACGACCGAGGUUUGAUAUGGACCGAGAGAUGAUGAUCGAGCUAGUGAUGUGGUGCCACCCACAAGAUGCAGUCGAUGGACGACCCAAGGAAGGAUGGACAUAACCAGUGGAUGCUCGCCAAGCGAGUACCUCCCCCCCAGCAAACACUAUCUAAGUGUUAAAAAUUAAAGGCAAGCCCCGGUUUUAUGCAUAACCUGUUAUUUAUGCUAUUUUACUUCACUUAAUGAUUGUAGGAUUGAUUGUGCACUUAAGUGUAGGAAUUGCUUGAAACCCUAGUUGCAUGAUCUCAGGAAUCCUAUUGAGAUGAAUACUAGUAUGCUAAGUCGAGUAGCUGCUUUAUUAAGUAGGAUCUCGGUAGAAGACGAGUGAUUUUUCUAGCACUCGCGCGAGGUCAGGACAUUGAUUGUACCCACUUUCAUAUCGUACUGAUGUUGGUUGUGGGCAACAAUCCAUGGGGAUUAGUUGUCUACGAGAUGAAAUUUGAAUAAGGAUUAAGGUGUGGUACCGUGAGUCAAGCGUUUGAACGUACUAAACACAUACCGAGAAAUAUGGUAAAUCGGUAAGCCUAGUACCUGAGUGAACCUGCCCGCAGAUUGCCCUCCUCACGCGACCUGAGACGAGGUCUCCCAUUCCGGUUAUGGUGGGUACAAGUGCGGUCACUGCACGACGGCCAGUCGGGGUCAGUGAGGCAUUGUACGCCAAGGCGGUGAGCCCCUUUCUGUUGCCAGGGAAUCGAUGGGGACGGUUGAUGUGUGUGGGGACGGAGUGCCCCUACAUGUCGUGUGUUUAGGUUUACCUUGCAAGGAUAAAAACUCGAUUCGAAUCGUCUGCUUCUCGCAGCUAAUGAGACUGCUUGAUCCAUGCUGCUACAUUGAGUAAUAAGUGGAAAUGAGGUGACUGGCAAAAGAUGUUGAUUGAUAUAAUGUUUGAUACCAUGUAUGAAUAGCUAGGUACUCAUCUAGUUUAAAAGGAUCAUACUAAAACUUGAAAAGCUAAAACUUGAUUUUAGACUCAGCUAGUGCUUUUGGCAAACCAAACCCCUCAGCCAAACAGCUGCAUGUCUAGAGGUAGAGGAGUAGACUCCUCACACCGGGUAAGUCUAGCUGAGUAUUAGUAUACUCAGCCUUGCUUGUGGCACAAUUUUUGCAGGUACUCUUUAGGAUGAUUUGUUGCUGGUGUGACUUGGCCUUCGUCCCUGCCACCGGGACAGACGGUCGAGUGGGUUAUUGCUUCCGCAGGAGAGGACCAGGAGGAGUAGCGUGGCCAGGCUUCGCCAUGUUACUCGGUUCUUCUCCGUUAGUUAUUUCCGCUGCAUUAAAAUUUAUGGUUAUUAUUUCUGAAACUCCGAUAAUGUAAUCACUAAUGAUACUUAUUAAAUUU